GGCAGCCACAUCCACCUUACCCAUCGAGACAAAUUCUCCCUGUCGUCGAGCAAUCGAUCGUCCACCUUUCAUCAUGCACCCCGUCGCGAUUCUCCUCAUUGCGGUAUUGUCUGUGGCGACCGCGGCGCCAUCGGGCUACCUGGCGGCACCUGGUGCCGCGCUGGCCGGUCCGAUUUUGGGACCCGCGGCCCUCGCCGGACCGAUCAACGGACCCUCCGCACUCGCCGGACCGGUAGUUGGACCCGCGCGCAUAUCCGGAGCUGUCGACGGCGGCGCGGUUGUCACCGGUUCGGUCGCCGGACCGUCAUUGGUCUCCGGUAGCGUUGCUGGACACGCGGCACUGCUCGGACCGGCUUACGGCCUCGCCGCGCCGGCUCUUGGUUUGCCAGCUUACGGAGCGGUGCUGGCCGGUCCUGCCGUAGGCCCAGCAGCCCUCGCCGGACCUAUUGCAGCCCCAGCUCUAAUCGCCGGUCCAUCCGGUAGCAUCUCCGCCGGACACGCCGGAUUAGGCGGUAUUGUUCGCGGAUACGCCGGACAUUAUAUUUUCAUCGCCAUCGUGGUGUUUGCCGUUUCGGCCGUUCCCGAACGUCAACGUCGUUCUGUCGUACCCAAUGGCGCGGUGGUCGUUGGAAAUAGCCUCGUUGCACCUGUUGCUGUACCUGCUGUGGUCGCACCAGUUUCGCCUUCUGUAGCUGUGAUCGGUCCCGCUGCGGGUUCCGCGGCCGUGGUUGGACCGGUCGCGAGUUCGGCAGCGGUAGUCGGACCCGCUGCAGGCUCUGCAGCUGUGGUUGGGCCUUCGGCAGGUUCCGCGACUGUAGUCGGGCCCUCUGGAGGUUCGGUGGCGGUGGUUGGACCCUCUCCCGGUUCCGCAGCUGUGGUCGGACCCGCUGCUGCGCCAGCUGCAGUCGUGGCUCCCGGCGUAGCUUCGAGCAUUGUGGCUGGACCCGCGGGAUCAGUUAUCGUGCCAGCAGCUUCUGUUGCUCACGGAAUUGUGCUCGGAUAAAAGGAAACAGCGAAGAGAUACUCUCGAAAAAUAUAAACGACCCAGCGAUCUCUCGCCAAUAAGAACCGCGUUUGCUAUCAACCUCAACUUGCUACCUCAAACUACUUAAUUGACGUAUUGUAAAUACAAUAGUUUGAAAAUAUUCUGACAUUUUGCAGCAUCCAUAUCAAGAGAUCAUGGGAUGGUUAAACGCGCGCAACGUCUUGUUGGAUUUAUAAUAUCUUUUAAUCAUCUGUCUUUCGUUCCGUUGUUGCAAAUGCGUUAUUUGCUCGUUCCAAAAUAAUUUUUUCUAUCAUCUAAUUUUCUUGUACGAUUAUUGCGCGAAAUCAUUGUUAAACGCAUUAAAAAAAAAAAAAUACAUAUUUUAAUAUCGCUCGA